GGAUAGUCUCAUUAUACAUUGGAUCUCAUUGGAUAGGCUCGUUAUACAUUGGAUCUCAUUGGAUAGGCUCAUUAUACAUUGGAUCUGAUCUUUCAAAGGCAAACAAGGGCUAGCUAACUGUUACCAAAGAAAUAGAGAGCAGUCACUCCGGACCUCUCCAGACUCUAUGAGAGCCGUGAGCCCUGGAAUUCUCUGGAGGAGACGCCUUCCCUGCAGCCUCUCCUGCACUAGGAAGGAAGCUGACAAUAAAGUUUAUUUGAGCGUCGACGUGCCCCGACGUGGCCCCGCCUCCUCAGCAGUAGCGGUGAUUGGCGAGUUCUUACGGGCUGAGGGCGUUUCUAAGCCGCGAUUGGCUCCGUCUGCCGUCCGUCCGGAGCGUCGGUCAUCGCCCCGCCCCCUCGCCGCGUCGCCGGUGCCUGCGCCGCCCGCCUCACCUCGCUUCUCCUGUCCCGGCGGAGGCCCGGGCGGCCAGCGCGAGCAGCGGGGACCAUGUUCCGACGCAAGCUCACGGCCCUGGAUUACCACAACCCCACAGGCUUCAACUGCAAAGAUGAAACAGAGUUUAGAAACUUUAUCGUUUGGCUUGAAGACCAGAAGAUCAGACACUACAAGAUUGAAGACAGAGGUAACUUGAGAAACAUCCACAGCAGUGACUGGCCCAAGUUCUUUGAAAAGUAUCUCAGAGAUGUUAACUGUCCUUUCAAGAUCCAGGACCGGCAAGAAGCCAUUGACUGGCUCCUUGGCUUAGCUGUUAGGCUUGAAUAUGGAGACAACGCUGAAAAGUACAAGGACUCAGUGCCUGACAACAGGAAAAACGCUGACAACGCAGCUAAAAACUCGGAGCCAUUGAUCAACCUGGACGUAAACAAUCCUGAUUUUAAGGCGGGUGUCAUGGCUCUGGCUAACCUCCUUCAGAUUCAGCGUCACGAUGACUACUUGGUAAUGCUGAAGGCAAUUCGAAUUUUGGUUCAGGAACGGCUAACACAGGAUGCAGUUGCUAAAGCAAAUCAAAUGAAAGAGGGCUUACCUGUUGCUUUAGACAAACAUAUUCUUGGCUUUGACACAGGCGAUGCAGUUCUUAAUGAAGCUGCUCAGAUCCUGCGGUUGCUACACAUAGAAGAGCUCAGAGAGCUACAGACGAAAAUUAAUGAAGCCAUAGUAGCCGUUCAGGCCAUCAUUGCUGAUCCAAAGACAGACCACAGACUGGGGAAAGUUGGGAGAUGAGCACAUGAGGGUUUCAGCUUCUCACCUUAGUGAUGGGAACUGUCACACCAGCAUGUGCUUGGAAAUCAAAUGUCACACUUUGAAGGGAGGAGUCCCAGGAGAUUGACCAUGUCCUAGAGAUUUACCACCACUGCUUUUUUUCUUUAAUAAAGUUGGGGAAGUAAAA